CUUACUGUACUGCAAACCGCACAUGAAUUUUUGCGCGCUCAGAAGUGUUUUCACCGGACGUCUUGAUACAAGUGCUGUGUUUUCUUUUGUCCUCCGGCAUGACUUCUCUUUCCUGAUGCAGAGGACUGACUGGAACUUAAAAUUACGAGAUAUUAUUUAUGAAAGCAGCGGGAAAUGAACAUGAACCUCGUCAACUGUUUGGUUCUUUUUAUAGUUUGGCAUGCGCACUCGGUCAGCGGGAGACAUCCAAACUGUCAGUUUCUGUAUGAGCUGCAGAUGGCAGAGAAGGAAUGUUUGGGCAAUCUAGCAGACGAGCCUCUUCUGCACACUGAAGGUUGCAGAGGGAUGUGGGACAAUUUUUCUUGCUGGCACUAUGCUGAUGUUGGAAAGGUGGUCGUCAAUAACUGUCCUGCUGCCCUCAAAAACUUGUUCACCAGAGACGGGAUCAUUAGCAGGAACUGCACUACGGAAGGCUGGUCCAACGUGUAUCCCAGCAUCGACAGCGUGUGUUUUGCACCCACAAAUACAAAUACAACUAUGAUUGUUUUCUACACAGUGAUGAAGACUCUUUACACACUGGGACACAGCCUUUCUCUCAUCGCCCUCAUCACCGGCAGCACCAUCCUCUGUCUCUUCAGAAAACUGCACUGCACCAGGAACUACAUCCAUCUGAACCUGUUCUUCUCGUUCAUACUGAGGGCCAUCGCGGUGCUGGUCAAAGACACCAUUUUGUUUUCUCAUGAGAAUGUAGAGUGUACUGUACAGCCAUCUUUGAUGGGUUGCAAAGCCAGUCUAGUCAUCUUCAACUACUUCAUCAUGGCAAACUUCUACUGGUUGCUGGUUGAAGGAUUGUACUUACACACCCUACUGAUGGUCAUUUUCUCCGAGAACAGACACUUCAUCAUUUACCUCCUGAUUGGAUGGGGAUUCCCCACCGUGUUUGUGAUUCCAUGGAUUGUGUGCAGGAUUUACCUUGAGGACACAGGAUGCUGGGAGAGGAUCGACACUCCAAUUCCCUGGCGCGUGAUCAACUGGCCAAUCAUGGCAUCUGUCAUUUUAAACUUCAUUCUGUUCAUCAGCAUCAUUCGAAUCCUGGUCCAGAAGCUGAGAUGUCCUGACGUUGGUGGAAACGAUCAGUCCCAGUACAGGAGGUUAGCCAAGUCCACACUUCUGCUGAUUCCUCUUUUUGGUGUCCACUAUAUUGUGUUCGUUUACAUCAUAGAUGGAAAUGGAGAGAUGGAAAACUAUAAAAUAUUCUUUGACCUCGGUCUGGGAUCCUUUCAGGGCUUGGUGGUUGCGAUUUUGUAUUGCUUUUUGAAUAGUGAGGUCCAGAGUGAACUCAAGAGAAAGUGGCGGAGUUUGCGUUUGAAGCGCUACAUCGGCCGCGACUACCGUCUGCACAGUUCCUCCAUAUCCAGGAACGGCACAGAAAACAUGGCCCAAUUCCAGCGAAACACCAGAGCCCAGUCUUUCCUGCAGACAGAGACCACCGUGGUGUGAGACAUCCAGAAGCAGCGCUAGAUGAAUCACGCUCGCUCUUCACUGCCCUCGGCUAACGACUCAGUACUUUCCAAAAGCUUUCCACUGAAGAGGACAAGGCUUUCUGAAGCAUGAGAUUGACAUGCAGGAAAGACACAUCGAGGAUUCAAAAGACCAUGAUCCAAAAUCUCGUUUGACCACCAAAACUACAGUUUAAGCCAAACCUCUGACCGAGACGCCAUUGAAAAACACAAUCUCUAUUGAAUGCAGAUCACCUAUGUAUAUGUUGCUUUUGUAAAUAAUUUAAUGGCAUUAGUGUCAGAUUAUGUAAUGGUGUUAUGUAAAGGCUACUUAAGGCCCAAAGCAGUUUCUUAGACGCUUUAUGAAGACGCAGCUCCAUGCUAUCAACAUGAAAACACAAGAACAUGUCUUGGAUGAAAGAGAAAGUGGGUCACCUCUACGGCAAACCCAAAUGUGACUUUUUUUUUUAGACAUUAUUGCCAGAGGCGUCUAGAUUAAUUUCAGGUGAACAUGUCUUACUUUAGAUACACACAGACUCUAAGCUGAACUAAAAACACAGAUAUGAACUCAAAUGUGAAGCGGUGAUUGUAAGAAAAAGCAAAAAUCUGUCCUCUGCAAUGUUACAUAAUGGCAUCAUGUCAUUAUGCAGCCUGUUUUAAUUCCUUCAGAAGAAAGCCACAGUAUGAACCGACCGAGAUAUAAGGAUAUGUAUAUUCUAGCAUGUGAAUGUAAUUCAUUUCUUCGUUAUUAUGUCAGGAGAUUUAUGAAUGAGUUUUAAUGACCAACAUGUGGCAUAAAUGUUAAGCUCGGCCCUCAAAAAGAUCUCCAGCGAUAAACCAAAACAAGCCUCUGCGUUAUGAGCUCUUUUAUUUCAUAUCCAGCUGAUCAGUAAUUUCAGCAGAAGGUGUCAACGGUGUUAUGUUUUGCUUUUGUGUUGCCUGGCCUCACAUUGUCACGGGGUCGGAGGACCGUACACUGCAAUGAAUCCUGCAGCCUGUGCUCUUUUCAUUCAGCUGAAAAACAGAUAAUUAAUCCAGCAGACUGUUGGACGCAGAUUUAGGUCAAGUGAACUGACAAAAGCGAGUGCAUGAAUGUGGCAUUUCAGUGUGAGCUCUGUUCUCUGUUAUUGUCUCAAGCAGAUUUGAACUGCGCUGCACCAGCUGUAUGAUCGUUUUGGAGAGGAGAUGGGAUCUCUUACAGCCCGGCCUGCAGAGCGAGAAGUCUCCCGGACACCACGUGCCAGGUUGAGCUCAUCUGAAGUGACACAGAUGCCACGGGCAGGGGCAUUCAGCAUCAUUAUCAGACUGUCAGAGGGAGGAGAGGAGACGGAGCUUUAAUUAGACCUGGCACAAAGGAAUUGUGUGUUGUCUGAAUGAAAUACCGCAGGAGGGUUUCCGGGUUUGCUGUGGAGGACGGUACGUGGAAAAAAGUGAUGUAAAAACUUAGAUGUGUAUAAAAAGAGGCCAUAACGUUGUGCACUUCUCUUUUACUAUUAUAUUUAAUCAUCUGCAAUGUUUUAACUGAAAAAUUGUCCUUAGUUUUUGCAGAAUGUUUCUUGUAAACUGUAUUGAGGUGUUUUUCAUUAAAUGUGGAAGGUGUUUUUAA